AUGGCUGCAAGGGCUUCAUUUUCUAAUGAGUCUAGUUUAGUUAAGAUGCCAUUGCCCAAAUCUCUAUUGCUCAAGGAUUAUCUACUUGAUGAUCUGAGCUCCUGUUCUUCCAAUGGCUUCAGAUCGUAUCCUCGCCGGCAAUGUUUCACCACCGUCCGUUAUCUAAUCGAAAUCGAUCUUAAUAAACACAUGAAGCUUCCGCCAAAGCAAAAGCAGUUUCUUAAAAGCAAAUCAAAAGCGAAAGAGAAACCGAAAUUGAAGUCGAAGUCGAGAUCGAAAUCGAAAUCUGUGUCAGUGCUGCACAAAGCUUCUGCUGCUGUGGUUAAUGUUUUUAAGCACUUCCAGUGCUCCGGCAAGCCUAGGAAAACUUGUUUUCUACCAAGGAAUCUGUCUCGGAAGCUAUCGAAGCAUGGCUUCUGGAAGAAAACAAGCAAUCAUCAAAAUAAACACUUCGAAAGGUUGAAAUCGUUCGAUGAAUCGAUCAAAGAGAAGGAGAACAGCCUACCUCCGUCGUCAAAAGUUUCAACCGCUGUCACCACCACCACCACCACAAGUAACAGCGACAGCUCAGCUUCAUCGGAUAGCUACUUUACCGCCACAUCUGAUUCUUCUACCACUGGCGAUUCUUCGAAGAUCAAUGUAGCUCAAAACGACGUGGAGGAAAGUAAGCAGCAAGCAACGGAGAAGAAAAACACGGCAAACGGAAAAAAAGUUGGCGGAGCCACCGCAACCGCCUCCGUUGAGUCUACUGCCAAUGGAAACGCAAAGAAUGAGGAGAAAGAGCAGUUUAGUCCAGUUUCAAUGAUGGAUUUUCCAUGCGAUGAUGAAGAUGAGGUCACUUCACCUUUCCAACAUAGCCACAUAUAUGUCAAAGGAAGGAAACAAAAACUCAUGCCCAAGGUUCGAAGAAGUAGGAUUCGUGCUCAGCUAGAACCUACCCGAUUAGAAGACAGAAUCGCUUUGUCUGAGUCCAAAACACCAUAUUCACCACUUCAAUCCUCCUUGCAAAAUGGACUAGAGUCCGAUCAAGAAAAAUAUCAGAUUGAAAAGAAAGCAGUUGCAUUGCUUCAACUAUUGAAAGCAACGAUGCCUUCUGAUAAUCUUUUUGAAUCCACGAUCACAGAUAAUAUUUUGUUAGGAUUCUUUAUCGAACAAAUUAACCAAGGAAAUGUCUCAAACUUGGCAAUACUGCAAGAAGCCAAAGAUUGGAUGAAUGGGAAUACAAGAAAAUGGUUGGAGUCUCAGAAUUACAAGAUAACAUAUAUAACAGAUAUGGAGAAGAAGGGACUGAAGUGGUUGAAGUAUGAUGAUGAAGAGGUCGGUUUGGAGUUGGAGUAUGAAGUUUUUACUUCUCUAGUCGAUGAGAUGUUACUAGAAUUUUAUUUCUAG